CAGGAACCCAUCUCGGUACUCUGCUUCCACCAGCCUUGCCCUGCUCACGAGGGUUCGACGGCGCUGUUCUUCUGGGCUUUCUGUGAAGUCUGUGCUCCUCAGGCCCAGGAGGGAGCUUAACCAAUCUCCACCUCUGAGGUUUCUGAGACCUUUGCCCACAUCUAUUGAUCCUUACUCUGGGGCAGGCAGCUGGGCCAUUGGCGGACGCCAUGACGGCUCUGUUGUUCCUGGGGUCUCUGCUGAUGAGUCUGGACUUGACACUUUCGGCGCCACCGUGGAAGUCCAAGGAGUUCAAGGACGGAGCUGGCGAUCCCUCUGUGGUUCUCACUGUGGACGGGAAGCUCUGCCACUUUCCCUUUCAGUACCACCGUCGCCUGUACCACAAAUGCAUCCACAAAGGACAGCCAGGCUCCAGGCCCUGGUGUGCUACCACCCCCAACUUUGACGAGGACCAGCAAUGGGGAUACUGCUUGGAGCCCAAGAAAGUGAAAGACCAUUGCAGCAAACACAGCCCCUGCCACAAAGGAGGGACGUGUGUCAACACCCCCAACGGCCCGCACUGUCUCUGCCCUGAACACCUCACCGGGAAACAUUGCCAGAGAGAGAAAUGCUUUGAGUCUCAGCUCCUCAAGUUCUUCCAUGAGAAUGAGAUAUGGUUUAGAACUGGGCCAGGAGGUGUGGCCAGGUGCCAGUGCAAAGGUCCUCAGGCUGUUUGCAAGCUGCUGACCAGUCAGGUUUGCAGGGUCAAUCCGUGCCUUAAUGGAGGCACCUGCCUCCUCGUGGAGGACCACCGACUGUGCCACUGCCCUGCAGGCUAUGCCGGACCUUUUUGCGACUUAGACCUUAAGGCGACUUGCUACGAAGACAGGGGUCUCAGCUACCGGGGCCAGGCUAAAACUACUCUGUCGGGUGCACCAUGUCAGCGGUGGGCCUCGGAGGCCACCUACCGGAACAUGACUGAGACGCAAGCUCUAAGCUGGGGCCUGGGCCACCACGCAUUCUGCCGGAACCCAGAUAAUGACACACGUCCAUGGUGCUACGUCUGGAGUGGCGACAGGCUGAGCUGGGACUACUGCGACCUGGAACAGUGCCAGAUGCCAACGCUCACAUCUCCGGUUUCCCCUGAGAGUCACGACAUGCUGAAGCCCCGGCCUCCCAUAUUGCAGAUGCCUCAGUUCCCGUCUCUGUCCGAUGCACUAGACAACUCGACCCGUAAUCAGAAUGUUGUGUCCAGGACCAGUACGGUGGUCUGCGGACAGAGGUUUCGCAAGCGACUGUCCUCGCUCAGGCGCGUGGUGGGCGGACUAGUGGCUCUGCCUGGAUCGCAUCCCUACAUCGCUGCACUGUACUGGGGCGACAGCUUCUGCGCAGGCAGUCUCAUCGACCCCUGCUGGGUGCUGACCGCUGCUCACUGCUUGCAGAAACGGCCAGCGCCCGAGGAACUGACAGUGGUACUUGGUCAAGAUCGCCAUAACCAGAGCUGCGAGAGGUGCCAGACUCUGGCUGUGCACUCCUACCGCCUUCACGAGGGCUUCUCUUCCAAAACCUACCAGCAUGAUUUGGCUCUGCUGCGCCUGCGGGGGAGGAAAAACAGCUGCGCGAUCUUGUCGCCUCAUGUCCAGCCGGUGUGUCUGCCCAGCAGCGCGGCCCCACCCUCUGAGACAGUGCUCUGCGAGGUGGCCGGCUGGGGUCAUCAGUUCGAGGGGGCUGAAGAAUACGCCACCUUUCUGCAGGAGGCACAGGUACCCUUCAUCUCCCUGGAUCGCUGCUCCAGCUCUAACGUGCACGGAGACGCCAUCCUGCCUGGGAUGCUUUGUGCUGGCUUCUUGGAGGGAGGCGCCGAUGCCUGUCAGGGUGACUCCGGGGGUCCUCUGGUAUGUGAUGAAGGAGUUACAGAGCGUCAGCUCACCCUGCGAGGAGUCAUCAGCUGGGGCUCCGGCUGUGGUGACCGGAACAAGCCCGGGGUCUACACUGACGUGGCCAAUUACCUGGAUUGGAUCCAGGAGCAUACUGCUUUCUAAGUAACCAGGGUCGGUCCUUGCGAAGCUAGUGGCUGGGCCCCAGGGACACAGAAACUCAAUAAAGUGCUUUGAAAACGUU